AUGGUAGCCCAAGACAUCCAGGCUGAAGCAGGACCUACGCCAAAUGCUUCUCUUUCUACUCGAAGAGGCGUCUCUGCAGAUCGGCACAAGGAGCAAGAAAACAGCCCUGAAUAUUAUGUCAAGAAAUUAUCUGAAAUAGGUUCAAAGGGAUACAGCAGUAAGGUGAUCUCUCAUUUGGCCGUUGGAUUACGCACCAUGCCAUUAAGUUGGGUACGACAAUUCAUCGAAAUGAGCGGCCUCUUGAUUAUUACCGACACAUUAUCAGCCCUUAACCGAUUGAAGCACAAGCGUGAAAUUGAGGUCCAGACAGAGGGUGAAAUCCUUAAAUGCUUUAAAGCCCUACUCAAUAAUAGGAUUGGUGCAAAAGAAGCAAUCAAGAAUCCGCAAUGUAUCCAAGAAAUCGUCUAUUGUAUUGUCUCACCUGCUGUCAAUACUCGUCGACUGGUCUGUGAAGUAUUGGUUUUCUUGUGUUACUUUUCUGUCCCAGUCGGCCAAGAACUUGUAUUGAGAGCAAUGGACAAUCUUAGAGAUGCACGCAAAGGAUACGGUCGAUUCGAUGCUUGGCUUAAAGACCUCUUGUACACCUUGGGAGGAAGAGGCCGUAUGGGAAGUAUGGUCGGGGCCAGCGAAGAUUUCAAAAGGCUAGCUACCCACGGUGCUCCAGACAACCAACUCAGUGAAUUUGCUUUGUACAAUAUGAUCCUCGUUAACGCCAUUGUUAAUGUUGUCGAAGACCCAGAAAUUAGAAUACACCUUAGAAACCAAAUGAACGUAUCUGGAUUGGAGAGAAUUAUGGAUAGAAUGUUAGAUCUUUGCUGCGAUCAGGUCGAUAGACAGGUCCAGGAAUUCAGAACAUUGGCAGAAAACGAUCAUGACGAAAUUAUGGAACUGUACCACGAACGAGUAUUACGCGACCUCAACGACCCACGCGACGUAUUCGAAUGUGUAUUAGCAAGCGUGGAAGGCACUCGUGGCUACGACUUCUUUUUAAGUUCCCUUCAGCAUCUACUUCUUAUCCAUGAAGAAGGGAAUCUCAAGGCACGCUACUUCCAAAUCAUCGAUAAUCUCAUUACCCAAGUCGUAUUAGAUCACAAAGGCCUCGUCGAUGAUUUCUCGUCUUCCUAUGGCACCUCUGUGCGUCAUCUUGUCGACAAGUUUGCUGAUCAGGAUCAACUUCAGGCCACAAUAGAAGAAAUCCGGCAAUUGCAGACAAUGUACGACGAGCUUCAGGUAGAGCACAAUGCAGCUCAACAGCAAUUAAUAGAACGUGGUGAUGGACUAGCAAUUACUCAGCUAAAAGAGAAAACGACCUCCCUCGAAGAUCUACUACGUAUGUCACGCCACACAAUAUCAACUUUACAAGGAAAAUUACGAGACCUUCAACGAGACUACGAAAAAAAUCUUGAGGCGAUGGAAAAGCAACUUGAUACAUUCUACAAGGCU